AUGGGUUAUAAUAUACCAAUAAUAAAUCGCGAUUCUGAAUGGUGCAAAGAAUGGCUUAAUAAACGAAUAAAAGAGCCAGAAACGCAAAAAAAACUCGUACUUGUAAUAGUAUCAAUUGCAUUAUUACUUGAUAAUAUGUUAUAUAUGGUAAUUGUACCAAUAAUACCAAAAUAUCUUCGUGAUAUUCAUGCAUAUGAUGUUGAAUUUAUUGGUUAUCAUAAUGAAACUAAAAAAUUAAAAAAUGGAACGAUUGUCGUACGAAUGAUUGGUGGUCAAAUUGAUUAUCUUAAUGAGGAUGUCGAACUUGGUUGGCUUUUCGCAUCGAAAGCUCUUCUUCAAAUAUUUGUUAAUCCAUUAUCUGGUUAUAUCAUUGAUAGAAUUGGAUAUGAGCUACCAAUGAUAAUCGGGCUUUGCGUAAUGUUUAGUUCAACUGCAAUAUUUGCACUCGGCAGAAGUUAUGGAGUUUUGUUCUUUGCGAGAUCGCUUCAGGGAUUUGGUUCCGCGUUUGCUGACACAUCAGGCUUGGCUAUGAUUGCUGAUCGAUUUACUGAAGAAAAUGAGCGAUCUGCAGCUCUUGGCAUUGCGUUAGCGUUCAUUUCGUUUGGAUGCUUAGUUGCACCACCAUUUGGUUCAGUUCUAUAUUCUAUCGCGGGAAAACCAAUACCUUUCCUUAUUCUUGCAAUGAUUUGCCUUUUUGAUGCGUUUAUGGUGUUUAUGGUGAUACAACCAAAAUCAAACAAAGUUGUAAAUACUGCAGGCGAACGACUUCAGGGUACACCAAUGUGGCGAUUAUUUAUGGAUCCAUUUAUUGCGAUUUGUUCUGGAGCUUUAAUUAUGGCUAAUAUUAGCCUUGCAUUUUUGGAGCCAACUAUAACGACGUGGAUGGCCGGGCAAAUGCCAGAUACACCUGGAUGGAUGGUUGGAAUGAUAUGGUUUCCAGCGUUCUUCCCACAUGUUCUCGGAGUUUACAUAACGGUGAAACUAAUGGCGAGAUUACCACAAAAAGAGUGGCUAUUCGCAGUAAUUGGUCUUGCGAUGGAGGGUAUCAGCUGUUUUUUUGUUCCAUUUACCACUACUGUCGCUCAACUUAUCAUACCUUUAUCAACAGUUUGUUUCGGAAUAGCAUUGAUUGAUACGUCGCUUUUGCCAAUGCUUGGUUUCUUGGUAGAUACACGACAUGUCAGCGUUUAUGGAAGUGUUUAUGCAAUAGCUGACAUCUCUUAUAGCUUCGCAUAUGCUUUUGGGCCAAUUAUUGCAGGUGGAAUAGUUACAUUAAUGGGUUUCUUCGUAUUAAAUAUAAUUAUCUGCGUGCUAAAUCUUGGCUAUACUCCAGUGCUCGUCAUGCUACGUAAAGUAUACUCUUAUCAACCAUUUGAAGGCGAAACAGCAUUACAAAAUUUCUCAAAUAAGAAAGAAUAUAAAGAAAUCAAUCAAGAUGACGCCUACCCACAAACAGUAAUAAAUAAUACUAAUGAAUUUCAACGAUAUUACGGAACGGUAGAGGAUCCGGCACCACAUCAUUACGACUAUCAACAAUCCGACUAUACAUCAACGGGUUACAAUCAGAACGAUCCUUUUAAUGCACAGUGGUAG